GGCCCCGGUGCGGCUCGGCCGCCAUGGACCUGCACAUCCUGGAGCACCGGGUGCGGGUGCUGAGCCUGGCCCGCCGCGGGCUCUGGCUUUACACCCACCCGCUGCUCAAGCUGCUCUUCCUGCCCCAGCGCUGCAGGUGCAAGUUCUUCAGCCUGACAGAGACCCCCGAGGACUACACCAUCAUGCUGGACGAGGAAGGCUUCAAAGAGCUGCCGCCCUCCGAGUUCAUGCAGGUGGCAGAUUCGACCUGGCUGGUGCUCAGCGUCGUCUCCAACGGCCGGGCAGCCUCUGGCUCCCAGGCCACCGGUGUCACCAAGAUCGCCAGGUCGGUGAUUGCGCCGCUGGCCGAGCACCACGUCUCCGUGCUGAUGCUCUCCACCUACCAGACCGACUUCAUCCUGGUGCGGGAGCGGGACCUGCCGGUGGUGAUCCACACGCUGGCCGGGGAGUUCGACAUCUACAAGGAGGAGAGCGGGGAGUGUGUCCCUGUCACCUGCGACGACGUGAGCAACGGCUUCCUGAAGCCCAAGCCGGCCGCCAGCCCCACGCUGCACCCCGUGCAGAGCCCCCAGACCCGCUUCUGCGUCCUGACCGUGGCCCCUGACACGCUGCCCGCCAUCGCCACCAUGCUCAUCGAUGUCCUCUUCUACUCCCACAGCCCCCCCAGGGAGGCUGGUGCCUGCAGCCAGGACCUGGACUCCAUCACCUUCUUCGCCUUCUCCCUCAUCGAGGGCUACAUCUCCAUCGUGAUGGACGCCGAAACCCAGAAGCGCUUCCCCAGUGAUCUCCUGCUGACCAGCUCGACGGGGGAGCUGUGGCGGAUGGUGCGGAUCGGGGGGCAGCCCCUGGGCUUUGACGAGUGUGGCAUCGUGGCGCAGAUCGCGGAGCCGCUGGCGGCCGCUGACAUCUCGGCCUAUUACAUCAGCACCUUCAACUUCGAUCACGCCUUGGUCCCCGAGGAUGGCAUCGCCGAGGUCAUCCAGCUGCUGCAGCAACGCCAGGAGAGCAGCAGAUAGUGACCAGCUGUCCCCAGGCUGGGGGGCACAGUGAGGUGGCACCCUGGGCUCCCCCCCGACCCCCCACCCAACUGCCACACGUGUCAAUUUUUUUAAAUUUGAAGUUGUCCCCCUUCCUGGUGCAGGGCAGAGCUCCCUGCCUGCUGGGGACAUGGUGGCUUCAAGGACCUGGUGGCCUUGUGGUGGUGAGAGGGGGGUCAGUUCUCACCCUGCCACCCCUAUCCUGCCACCCUCUGUCCCCAAGCUGGGGACCCAGGAAGAGAGCAUGUGUCCCUGGGGACCUGCUGGGGGGGGGGACACACAACGAUGACAAGGGGAGGGACAAGCCUGAACAUGGUGACGUGCCAUCACAUUGUGGGGGGUGACAGCCCAGGGCUGGCAGGGGUGUCCCCACGCCCUGUGUGUCCCCCCACGGGUGGUUCCCCUGGGUGGGGAGGUGGCCGUGGUGCUCUGUGGCACCUCUGAACUGGCCCCAUGGGGGGGGCUGAAAGCAUCCCUAGGGCUGGGGUUCCUGCCAGCACCCCAACAACCUCCAUGGCAGAGAUGAGGGGGCUGGGGUUCAGCCCCAGCCCUGUGUCCCUCCUGGGGUGGCCCCAUGUCCCCCUCCUGGGCUGUUGUGUAGCAUGGGGGGGCAAGGGUGCCCCCCCAACUCCUCCCAAGCUGUAUUUUCACAUAGUUUCUAAUAAGUCAAUAAAAGUUCAAUUAUUUUUA